AUGGCUUCCUCUGCCUCCUCUUCUCAGCAGCAGCAGCAGCAACCUCCCCCCGAACCCCAAACCACAACCCAAACCGCACCUCAACCUCAACCUCAACCGCCCCUCGCGACACCCCAACCAGUACACACUCCCGCCGGCUUCCAACCACUCGUCUACAAUGCCCGCAACGUCCUCCCCUAUGUCCCAUAUCAACUCCCGCAACAAGCCUUCGAGACGCCCGAACCAGAACCCAACAGGCCCUGGGAACUCACCAAGACGGCCUUCCACAUCCUCUCCGUCGCUCUCGGGGCCACGGGCGUCGGCCUGGGCUUCAGCACGCUCAACUACCAGUACUUUUACGCCACGGUCCUCAUAGCCGCCAUUCCUGCCUGCAUGCUAGCCCUCGUCUGGAGCAUCGCCGACCUCCUCGUCCGCGCCCUCCGCCGCUUCCAGUCCGGCGGCAUCCACCCCGGCGCCCACAUCGCCCUCAGCCUCAUCAUCUUCCUCCUCGGCGCCAUCCUGCCCGCCCUCUUCGGCCCCUGGUUCCAGGACUCGUGGUACGGCUCCGACCCGUCGUACCAGACCUGCUCGAACGUGUACGAUCCCACGACCCGCCGGUACGUGUACACGUGCACCACCGACACCGCCGAGGAGGCCGCCGCGCGGAGGCAGUAUCUCAGGGAGAAGAGGGUCGCGAUGGCGGCGGCCGUGGUGACGUUUGUGGUGGCGGUGAUGCACUUUGGGCUGUUCGUGGGGGCGUGCGUCGAUACGGAUCGGGUGAAUCGGGUUGCGAAGAGGCCCAUCUAUGUGGUUGCGCCGCCGCAGAUGAUGCAGUGGCAGCCUCCUGUUCAGCAGCAGCAGUAUCAACCUCCUGUGCAACAGCCUCCCACGACGCCUCAGACAGAGAGCGACGAAAGCCAGAGCAGGGAUAAAGGCAAGGGAAAGGCCACUGACAAGGGAAAAGGCAAAGCGCCUAUGCUGAAUGCCAUUGUGGAAGAUGAUGCGCCCAGUGGUUCUCAAGCUUGA